AUGGCGAGGAUACUCCUCGGACUAGCUGCCCUCCUCGCAGCAACGACAGCCACGUCCGCAACCUGCACCAACCCCUCGGUCCGCAAACCAUGGACCGCCCUGACGGAAGACGAAAAGGCAAGCUACAUAAACUCGACGCUCUGUCUAAUGGACCCGUCGCAAGCGCCAGCCAAAGUCGGAAGCUGGGGCGCGACGAGCCGUUGGGAGGAGUUGGUUGUUGCGCAUAUUGCGCAGGUUCGGUAUAUUCACACAGUGGGCGCCUUGUUCCCCUGGCAUAGAUGGUACACCAAGAUCCACGAAGACCUCCUCCGUAACGAAUGCGGUUACACAGGUCCAUACCCCUACUGGGACCAACAAACAGAUCAAUCCCUCUACCUCAUCCAAAACGCUUCCGUCUGGGACACCGCAUCCACAGUCAAAGCCUUCGGCACAGGUCGGACCGACGCAUCCACAAACUGCAUCCUCGACGGCGCCUUCACGGACUACCGCGUCCGCUUCAACACGCAACUUGAACGAGACGAGACAGAAGGAGGCGGCGUUUGUCUCACACGAGCCCUAAACCAGACGGCGUUCGAUACCAUUUCCCAAGCGAACGUCGUGGAGCCCUGUAUGGCGCUUGACAAGGGUGAUGAUUACGGGGAGAUGUUAGGGUGUCUUGGGAAUACACCGCAUAGUGGUGGGCAUUUGGGCGUCGGUGGCAUCAUGCGCGACCACGCUCGCUCACCCGCUGACCCAAUCUUCUACCUCCACCACACGAACUUCGACCGCCUCUGGUGGGAGUGGCAGACUUCCUCUCCCGGCAGGCUCUACGCGAUGGGCGGCCCCAACGUCGCGGCGAACCAGAUCUUUCUCGACGCGCAGCCAAAGAUCCUGCCCGAGGACAUGUUCCUCCCGUACUUUGGAGAUGGAGGCAGCAACAUCACGACGCUGGACCAUAUUUUGUGGAUGCCUGGGUUGGCUAAGAAUAUCACCAUAAGGGACACGAUGGAUGUGCGUGGGGAUAAGAUGUGUUUUGAAUAUGUUUGA